AUGGUGGGCCGCGUGGCGGGCCGCGUCCCGUACGCGCGCUUUUCCCUGGCCAACGCAAUCUUCAACCUCACUGAGAACGUCGAGACAGACGGGCCCGUCCGCCACCACCAAGACGGCGGCUUCCACGGCUUGCAGCACCUGCGGUGGAACUCACACGUGCCGUGUGAGGGCAGCUCGUUGGUGCUGAGCGUGGUGCACCACGACGAGCAGGAGGGCUUCCCAGGAGCAGUGUUGGUGCAGCUGCUCUUCCAGGUCACCAAGGACCACCGGCUGGUCAUACACGCGCGGGCUGACUCCACCAAGCCAUCGCUCAUCAAUCUGCGACAGGGCAUCAUGUUCAACUUGGCUGGACACGAUGCUGGUCAACCCGACUUCAUGGAUCACAUACUCACCCUCAACGCCGAUGAAUACGUAGUGCAGACAAGACGUGGCACUCCAACAGGAGAGAUCCGACUGGUGAGCAAGACGGCGCUGGACUUCCGGGCACCAAACCGCAUGCGCAAGCAACACGGCCGGACGACCGCAGGCUACGAUCACUUGCUUUGCCUCAACCACCUGCCGCCCGACGGACUCAACAUGGUCGCCAGGUUAGAGCACCCAGAGACGGGGCGUGCGCUGGAGGUACGCACCAACCAGCCGUGCAUGCACGUGUACACGGGGCGGCGCCUGCCGCCGUGGCGGCCGCCCAAACCCAGGCCUCCCACGCCGCCCACUGAGGACGUCGAGGAGGAGGAGACCACAGAGACGGACCCCGCCAGCGCCGCCAAGACCAAGUCACAGGAUCGCUUCCCAAAGUGCGUGGUGACGCCGGUGAAGACGUACGAGCACGUGACGGUGUACCGCUUCUACGCGAAGCCCAAACCACCGCGCUAUAGCCUGGCUGAGGACGUGGUGAGGACGUCCGUCGAGACCGCCAUCCAGGAAGUGGAGACUCGCGAGGCAGAGCCGCCGCCGGAACAAUAA